UUAUCAGAAACAGUAAAGUAAACUGAUAACAAUGUGACGCAAACAAUGAUUUCUCUGUUUCCCGCAGCCAUGAUAGAGUGAACACACCUGGUGUCACCUGAGUUUUGAUGACUCAGUCAGUUGUUUUCAAAAGAAAACUGUUGUGAAGAAAACUUGAAAUUUUAUUACAUUCAGAGCCUUCCUCUUCCUGGUCUCAAACAAACAUUACAGCAGCUGCUGAAGGACAAAGCUCAUUGGCUGCAGUAUGUCUGCCCUGACAUGUGAUUGGUGGAUCAGACCUCAAACCUGUUUCUCUUCUCUGGAAAUGAAAGUAACACAGUCACUGUGACUGAGAGGAGAAAUGGAGCAGCAGGCAGUUCAGCUGGACCGAGAAACCUUCUCCUGUUCCAUCUGUCUGGAGCUACUGAAGGAUCCAGUCACUAUUCCCUGUGGACACAGCUACUGUAUGAACUGUAUUACAAACUUCUGGGAUGGAGGUGAGAAGAAGAAAAGCUACCACUGUCCUCAGUGCAGGAAAACCUUCACACAGAGGCCUGACCUGCAGAAAAGCACCAUGUUAGCAGCUUUAGUGGAGCAGCUGAAGAAGACUGGACUCCAAGCUGCUCCUGCUGAUCACCACUAUGCUGGACCUGAAGAUGUGGCCUGUGAUUCCUGCACUGGAAGGAAACUGAAAGCCAUCAAGUCCUGUUUAUUCUGUCUGGCCUCUUUCUGUGAGAAACACCUUCAGCCUCAUCAUAAUGUGGCUCCAUUUAACAAACACAAGCUGAUAGAGCCGUCCAAGAACCUCCAAAACAACAUCUGCUCUCGUCAUGAUGAGGUGAUGAAGAUGUUCUGCCGCACAGAUCAGAAGUGCAUCUGUUAUCUCUGCUCUGUGGAUGAACAUAAAGGUCACGACACAGUCUCAGCUGCAGCAGAAAGGACUGAGAAGCAGAGAGAGCUGGAGGAGAGGAGAGGAAAAAUCCAGCAGAUGAUCCAGGACCAGGAGAAAGAUGUGAAGCUGCUUCAACAGGAGGUGGAGGCCAUCAAUCGUUCUGCUGAUAAAACAGUUGAGGACAGUGAGAAGAUCUUCACCGAGCUGAUUCGUCUCCUCCAGAAAAGAAGCUCUGAGGUGAAGCAGCAGAUCAGAUCCCAGCAGGAAACUGAAGUGAGUCGAGUCAAAGAGCUUCAGAAGAAGCUGCAGCAGGAGAUCACUGAGCUGAAGAGGAAAGACGCUGAGCUGGAGCAGCUCUCACACACAGAGGAUCACAACCAGUUUCUCCUCAACUACCCCUCACUGCCAGCACUCAGUGAGUCCACACUCUCAUCCAGCAUCAACAUCCGUCCUCUGAGACACUUUGAGGACGUGACAGCAGCCGUGUCAGAGCUCAGAGAGAAACUACAGGACAUCCUGAGAGACUCUUGGACAAACAUCUCAGUGAUGGUCACUCAGGUGGAUGUUCUACUGUCAGAACCAGAACCAAAGAGUAGAGCUGGAUUCUUAAGAUUUUCAUGUGAAAUCACUCUGGAUCCAAACACAGUAAACACAAAUCUGGUUCUAUCACCGGGAAACAGGAAGGUGACAGUAAUAACUCAGGAUCAGUCUUAUUCUCGUCAUCCAGACAGAUUCACUGAAUGGUGGCAGGUUCUGAGUAGAGAGAAUCUGACUGGACGAUGUUACUGGGAGGUGGAGUGGAGCGGGCAACAAGUUUAUAUAGCAGUUGCAUACAAGAGCAUCAACAAAGUAGGAUAUGAAAAUGAAAGUAAAUUUGGACACAAUGAUAAAUCUUGGGCAUUAGAUUGUUCCCUAAAAGGUUUUAGAUUUGGUCACAACAACAUUUGGACCUCCAUCUCAGGUCCAGUUUCCUCCAGAGUGGGAGUGUAUCUGAAUCACACAGCAGGUCUUCUGUCCUUCUACAGCGUCUCUGAAACCAUGACUCUCCUCCACAGAGUCCAGACUAGAUUCACUCAGCCGCUACUGGCUGGACUUUGGGUUUGUACUAAUAGAGACUCUGCAGAGAUCUGUAAACCCAAAUAGAUUUUCUCUUUUUUCUCAGAUUAUUUAUCAGGGUUCAUUACUCUGAUGUCUCUACUUUACCUUUCUGUUCUUAUUCAUUUUUCUGGUUUAAAUAUAGUUAUCUGUGUUCUAGGAAUCAUUGAGAAAAUCACUGCUGAUGUUUUCUUUUUAUUUUAUAUGACAGAAAUAUUUCUACACUUGAAAAUAUAAUCUUCCCCGGGCUCUAAUAGUUUUUGCUUUAAUAUUUGUCUUAUGUAUUUAGAUACUGUUGUUCUUCUUGUUUUAAACAGUCAAGAUUGAAAUGAACUGAACUUGCUUCUGUUUUUAUCUUUGUGAUUCAAACAAUAAAAGUGAAAUUAACAUAAGCUGAGAAUUUACCCUUUUUUCUUCUCCGUUCUUUAGAUCCUGCUCUGAUGCUGUUCUAUGUUUUUUCCCUACUUCAAUAAAACAA